AUGGACUCCCAGUUCCCACGCGAGAAGGGAGGGAAAGACUCUACCCCACAGCCACGGAGUCUAGGUACAAUCCAACUUCUUGAUGGCGCUACAAACGAGAGGAUUCUAGUGCCGAAGCCGUCUGAUGACCCAAAUGACCCACUGAACUGGUCCGAUGCUCGGAAACGCUACAUAUUCGGCCUUUCUUGCACUAGCAUCUUUCUAGCCCAUUGCCUUGCUGUCGGUCCGUCCGUGGCUCUGGGACCGAUUACAGCCGAAUUCUAUGGGCCGGAAAACGUUGCUGCGAAUAUCUCUACCGUAUCCUUCCUACAGACAGCAUGUUCUCUCAUGAUGGGCGUCGGAAACUUGAUAUGGGUACCGAUUGCAAUCAAGUACGGCAGGAGGCCGACAUAUGUUGCCUCUUUCCUCAUCAUGACGGGCUGCAGUGUAUGGUGUGGAGCGGCAAAGACAUUCCCGAGUGCCCUUGCGGCUAGGAUUCUUCUUGGAACGGCAAUCGCAUCUCCCGAGGUCAUCGCACCAUUGACCCUCACCGACAUCUUCUUCCUCCACCAACGUGGACGCGUCAUGGUGAUCUACACAUGUGCCUUGUCCGCUGGCGUAGGCGUCGGCGUCGUAAUCUCCGGUCUCAUCACUAUGCACCACAGCUGGCGCAUGAUAUACUGGGUGUUCACGGCUCUGAUUGGAGUUUGCACUCUCCUCAUUCUCUUCACCUUCCCCGAGACGAACUAUAACAGACAGAUAAACGUUCUCACUGGGGAACCUGUUCUCGCGCCUAACAUUAAUUCUGACAAGUCCCGGACGAGCGACCUGAAAGACGAACGCGUUGAGAACAUCGAAACACUAUCCCAGCCAGGAUUUCCGCCUCAGAGGAAGACUUUCGUACAGGACUUGAAGAUCUUUACAACAACGUACACAAACGAACGUUUGGUUGACCUAGUCUUCCGUCCUAUUGCAGCCAUCGUACUCCCGGCGCUUCUGUGGGCAACUCUAGUUAACACAAUGACGAUAGGCAUGAUUGUUGUACUUUCGGCCAGCUUCUCCAGCGCUUUCUCGGAGAUCUAUGGCUUCGAGACGUGGCAGGCAGGGUUGACCUUUAUUGCUAGCAUCGUCGGCUCUCUCGUCGGAAUUUUCUGGGGCGGACAUGCAGGAGACUGGGUUGCUGACAAGCUGACACUCAGGAAUGGAGGUGUCCGUACCCCUGAGAUGCGUCUGCCUGCCAUGGCCAUCAGCUUGGUCACCGGGCCGUUGUCCUGUCUACUAUAUGGAUUUGGUUUCGGGAAGAAACUGCACUGGAUGUGCGCGACUGUUGGUAUUGGACUUGUUAAUUUCACGAUUGUCCAAUCGAACAACAUCGGCCUAGUAUACAUUAUCGACUCGUACCGGCCAAUCGCCGGCGAGGUUAUCAUCACACAAUCUGUAUUCAAAGCCAUUUUUGGAUUUCUACUCAGUUUCUAUGCGGACUUGUGGAUCCGACGGGAUGGGUACAUUACAGUGUUCUCUAUUCUUGCAGGCGUCUCGGCAGCGGUGUUCUUGUCUACCUCAAUAUUCUACGUGUGGGGGGACAAACUUCGCCGGGCUUCAUGGAAAUGGCGGUGGGUGACGAAAUUCCUUCACUGGAACGCCGACCGCGAAGUCGGAGCCUCUUCGGAGGGAACUCAGUUGAAGGAAUUCAGCACUGUGGACUAG